GUCACUGUCGUGAUUAACAUAUCUUGUGGUUCUAAAAUUGCAUUUCGUUUUCCGAUUUGCUCGUUAAAAAAACAUAAAGAAAAGAAGAUUCUCCAACAGAACAGGAAAAAAUGGCGAAUUUUGUUCUUCAGGUUCCAAGUCGGUUGAGGAACUUCCCAGUCUUUUCUUCGUCCAACGGGGCUUCUCCUACUGCUUCUGGAACGGGAAGUGUUGGUGCUGCAGGACCAGUGAUUCUGGAGCUUCCUCUAGAGAAGAUAAGGAGGCCAUUAAUGAGGACAAGGGCAAAUGAUCCUGACAAAGUGAAAGAACUUAUGGAUAGUAUUAGCGAAAUUGGACUUCAAGUUCCUGCUUCUCUGGCUGCCACCGCUUUGAGGCUCACCAGCGCCUCGGGCUUCCGACCAUCCGGUGCAAAGUUCGCCGCGGUACAAAGGAGACUCUAAGGCAUCAUUUGCGCUAGCAUCAUAUGGUCAUGAAAAUAUAUUUAGGCAUGUCACAAGUAUAUCUUAGCAGAAUCCUUCUAUAAGGGAGUUCAGUUCUCAAUC